GGCCACUUUGCACCAGUCCGGGAGAAUGUGCGGUCGGUGACGCGCAUCCUUAAGCGAGCCACCUGCAGCGCGGGGCGCGCCGCUCCGGGCGGCAUCGCAGGGCUGGGCCGGAGCGGCCUGGAGACCCGGGGCUCUGGAGGCGAUGCGGGCGUCGGCGCGCCCUGGCCGCAGGCUGCAGCUGCUCGUUUUUUUCUCAACCAUGAUAUUUGAGACUACUGCAAAUCAAGAUCCUCCUGUGAUAAAAUGUAUUUUAAUCAAUCAUAAGAACAAUGAUUCAUCAGUGGGGAUAGCUUCGCACUCUAAGGUGUGGGGGACUGCAGCAGACCUGGGAUGCACCCCACAGCCAGAAAGCCGGCCAGGGGUCUAUGGAGCAGCCCCAGUAGAGGUGGACUCGGAGGCGGCCAUCACUUUGCAGGUGCUGCUCAGGGACUCGGGGAACUUCUCCUGCCACUGGAUCUUCAAAAACGUAUCCCUCGAUUGCCAGCCACGUUUUGAUGCAAGAAACAGAGGAGUCAUUUCUAUGGUCAUUCUGAAAAUGACAGAAAUGCAGACUGGAGUAUAUCAACUUUUUAUUGAGAAUAAAACUACCAAUUAUACAGUAUCGUUUACAGUGAGUAUAAGAAAUACACUGCUUCACACACUAAGGAGACCUUACUUUAGAAAAAUGGAGAAUCAAGAUGCCCUACUCUGCAUAUCUGAAGGUGUUCCAGAACCGACUGUGGAAUGGGUGUUCUGCAGUUCACAGAGUGAGAGUUGCAAAGGAGAAAGUCCAGCUGUAGUUACCAAGGAGGAAAGUGUCCUUCAUGAAUUAUUUGGAACAGACAUAAGGUGCUGUGCAAGAAAUGAUCUGGGCAGGGAAUGUACCAAACUGUUCACAAUAGAUCUAAAUCAAACUCCUCAGACCACACUGCCACAAAUAUUUCUUAAGGUUGGGGAGCCCUUGUGGAUAAGGUGUAAAGCUGUUCACGUGAACCAUGGCUUUGGGCUCACUUGGGAAUUAGAAAACAAAGAGCUGAAGGAGGGCAGCUAUUUUGAGAUGAGUACCUAUUCUACAAACAGGACUAUGAUACGGAUUCUCUUAGCUUUUGUAUCGUCAGUUAGAAGAAAUGACACUGGAUAUUACACAUGUUCCUCUUCAGAGCAUCCCAGCAAAUCAGCUUUGGUAACCAUCCUAGAAAAGGGAUUUAUAAAUGCUUCCAAAUCAAGCGAAGAUUAUGAAAUUGACCAGUAUGAAGAGUUUUGUUUUUCUGUCAGGUUUAAAGCAUACCCACAAAUCAGAUGUACAUGGACCUUCUCUCUCAAAUCCUUUCCUUGUGAACAAAGUGGCCUUGAUGAUGGGUACAGCAUAUCAAAGUUUUGCAACCAUAAACACCAGCCUGGAGAAUAUGUCUUCUAUGCCGAAAAUGAUGAUGCCCAGUUCACAAAAAUGUUUACACUAAAUAUAAGAAGGAAACCUCAAGUGAAAGCUGAGACAUCUGCAAGUCAGGCAUCUUGCUCCUCUGAUGGCUACCCAUUACCAUCUUGGACCUGGAAGAAAUGUUCAGACAAGUCUACCAACUGCACUGAAGAAAUCACAGAAGGCGUUUGGAAUAAAAGGGAAAACAGGAAAGUGUUUGGCCAGUGGCUCUCAAGUAGUACCCUUAAUAUGAGUGAGGCUGUGAAAGGAUUUCCGGUCAAAUGCUGUGCAUACAAUUCCCUUGGCACAACGUGUGAAACACUUUAUUUAAAUUCACCAGGACCUUUUCCUUUCAUCCAAGACAACAUCUCAUUUUAUGCAACAAUUGGGCUUUGUCUUCCCUUCAUUAUCGUUUUGAUCAUCCUAAUUUGUCACAAAUACAAAAAGCAAUUUAGGUAUGAAAGUCAGCUGCAAAUGGUACAGGUGACUGGCUCUUUGGAUAAUGAAUACUUCUACAUCGAUUUCCGAGAAUAUGAAUAUGAUUUCAAAUGGGAGUUUCCCAGAGAAAAUUUAGAAUUUGGGAAGGUGCUAGGAUCAGGUGCUUUUGGUAAAGUGAUGAAUGCAACAGCCUAUGGAAUUAGUAAAACAGGAGUCUCCAUCCAGGUGGCUGUAAAGAUGCUGAAAGAAAAAGCAGACAAUUCUGAAAAAGAAGCUCUUAUGUCCGAACUCAAAAUGAUGACUCAUUUGGGAAAUCAUGAAAAUAUUGUGAAUCUUCUAGGAGCAUGCACUGUAUCAGGACCUGUUUACUUGAUUUUUGAAUAUUGUUGCUAUGGUGAUCUUCUCAACUAUCUAAGAAGUAAAAGAGAAAAAUUUCACAGAACAUGGACAGAGAUUUUCAAAGAGCACAAUUUUAGCUUUUAUCCUACUUACCAAUCACAUCCAAAUUCCAGCAUGCCUGGUUCAAGAGAAGUUCAAAUACACCAGGACUUGGAUCAUAUCUCAGGGUUCAACGGAAAUUCAUUUCAAUCUGAAGAUGAAAUUGAAUACGAAAACCAAAAAAGGCUGGAGGAAGAAGAGGACUUGAAUGUGCUUACAUUUGAAGAUCUUCUUUGUUUUGCCUAUCAAGUUGCCAAAGGAAUGGAAUUUUUGGAAUUUAAGUCGUGUGUGCACCGGGACCUGGCAGCCAGGAAUGUCCUUGUGACCCAUGGGAAAGUGGCAAAGAUCUGUGACUUUGGCUUGGCUCGAGACAUUAUGAGUGAUUCUAACUAUGUCAUCAGGGGCAAUGCCCGCCUGCCUGUAAAGUGGAUGGCUCCUGAAAGCUUAUUUGAAGGGAUCUACACGAUUAAAAGUGAUGUAUGGUCAUAUGGAAUAUUACUCUGGGAAAUAUUCUCACUUGGUGUCAAUCCCUACCCUGGAAUUUCAGUUGACGCAAACUUCUAUAAGCUUAUUCAGAGUGGAUUUAAAAUGGAUCAGCCAUUUUAUGCUACAGAAGAAAUAUACUUUAUAAUGCAGUCCUGCUGGGCUUUUGACUCAAGGAAGCGACCUUCUUUCACUCAUCUGACUUCAUUUUUAGGGUGUCAGUUGGCAGAUGCAGAAGAAGCGAUGUACGAGAGCAUGGAUGGCCGUGUUUCUGAGCGUUCUUCCAUCUACCAAAACAGGAGGCCUUUCAGCAGAGAAGUGGAUUCAGGACUACCCUCCCCCCAGGCUCAUGCUGAAGAUUCAUAAAAAACAAUAUAGUCUUAAGGACUUCAUCUGCCCCCACCCUUCCCAAUACCUAAACCAGCUGUAGAUUUACCAAAACAAGAUUAAUUUCAUCAAAGAAAAUUUAUUCUCAACUGCUGCUUUGCUGGACUUUUCUCUAGAAGCUCUCGAUAUUUACUCUUGUUUUCAAAGGAAUUUUUGUAAAAAUCAAAUUAUCCUUUGCACAAAGCAGGAAGAGCUGAUAAUGAACUUCACUGGAGCAUCAUCUGCCACCAUCCAAAGGCUUUCUCAGGCGGGUUUGAGUGGAAAUUGUGUCUCAAAGUCUAGUAUAUUCUUGUAAAUACUUGAGAAACAAAAGCAUUUUGCUAAGGAGAAGCAAAUAUGAUUUUUUAAAUCUAAGUUUUAAAAUAAUUGUACCUUUUUCAGCUAUUUAGUGAUAUAUUUUAUGAAUGAAAAUAAAAUUUCUACUCUAGAAA